AUGAAUUUUUUUUUUUUUAUAGGUCAGUUUAAUCAAAAUAAUGAGGAAUCACUGAAGCAAAUCAUUGAUAUUGACGAGCCAUUUUCAAAUUUAAAUCCAAUAAAUGCUAAAACUUUGGAUGUUGAAAAAUUGAAUAAACUUAUUUCAACUAUUGAUAAAACAUGGAUUCUACCACAAAUUGGCGCAAGUGAACCUGUUGGCUCUAAUUUUAAGUAUAAAAAAACAUGCGCAAAUAUUUAUCAAAUCGAAAAAAAUAUUUGUCAACAAAUUGGUUUUGGUACAAUGUGUUUUAAUUAUUGCUAUGAACAAGGUGAAAUACUAAAAUUUCGAUGUGAAAAUGUAGCUGAUUUAACCUAUUGCAAAAAUAAUUCCGCAUUUAACUCAUUCCUUAUGCAAUAUCAAAAUGAUCCAUACAAAACUAAAAGCUACAUUCGACAGAUGAUUUCACGAUGCUAUGCGACAGCAAUAUGUGAUACACAAUAUGGAAUUUUAAAUACAACAAUUAUUGAUGAAGAUAAUAAGUGGGAAAGUGAUAAUGCAGUAACAACAAAUUCAAAUUUAGCUACAAAUCAUAUUAACCAACAAGAAACAUCGCAAAUUACGAGAUUGCCAGAAAUAGAGUCAAAAACGCCAAUACCAAUAUGGCAAUUACUUUUACUUCGACAUAAAAUGAUCACUGAAGCUAAACCAUUCCCGAAUGUAAAAAGCAAUAAACUUAAUGAAACUGUUACUGAAGAGAAUUUAAAAAAAUUUGAAAAUACGAUAAUAACCGACGGAAACAAAUCCAUGGAGAUAAAUAUAAAAAGUACUCCAGAAAAUACACGAGAAAUACUCACAGAAGAAACAACAAUACCAACAAAACAAACUGUUCUAAGAAAAAAUCAAAAUGAAGUGGAAAUAAUGGAACGAUUAUUGUGGCUAUAUAAAGCACUGCAACAGAUGGACAAAAAAACGGAUUGUAUGAAAGAACAGUGA